AUGGCCGGCGCCGUCGCGGAAAUGGAAGCCAUUGCCUCCAAGGUAAACUUGCAGCCUGCGUCUAUCACAAUUGCUUCAACGGUGCGUGGACGCGUUCUGGAUCCGUCGGAAACACAAGAUCCGCACUAUUGGGGAGAACAGCUUACACUGCCUGUGAGAUUUAGAGAGGCUGUGGAGGCGGCCGUAGCAGCAGUCAAUUCCGAUCGAAUCGUAUUUUUGGAGGUCGGGCCACAGCGUACGCUGGUUAACCUAACUGGCCAAAUUAUUAGUAAAGAAGAGGGUUUCCAGGUGGAGCUUCUGAACAUGGUUGAACGGGGCGAAGCUGCAGAUGAGGAGACGCUGAUGGAGAGGCUGUAUCAAUUUGAGCAUACGUGCAGUUUUCCCGACGCGCGUAGUGGGAAGCACACUUGGAACCACCAGUCCUUCGAAUGGAGAAAGGUUGCUCAUCCACUCAUUGACAGUGACACUGCCGCCGGCGCUAUCGGAUCCGGCAACGAAGUCACUCACUGCGAGGCAAGCAUUCGUAGUGGUGUCCUUGAUGUGCUAAAGGACCACGUUGUAUGGGGGACACCUAUCCUUCCAGGAGUUGCUUUUAUUGACGCGAUGCUGGGCGCCGCCUUGGCACACUCUGGCUCCCAACUUGGCGAGGAUGGCAUUGAGUUGCACGACGUGGCAAUCAUGCAUCCAAUGGUUCUGAAUGAAGGCCCAGAAAAGUGGGGAACAGACGUCGCACACUGCCCAACCCGUCACAGCGACGUGCGACUGACACUAGGACUAGAGAGUGCUGGUGAACGCACUUAUGUUGCUCUGUCCUCGAGCCACACUGGCAGUGUCUCAACGGAUGCUAAUCUCUCCCCUGCAGUGGUACAUGCGGAAGGCUGGAUUUCAUUGAUGGUUGAUGCAAACGCUGCGAAGCCACCAGCAGUGGACAUCAAAGAAAACGCCAAACGUAUCUCCGAAAACAUGAGCCGGCGCUACACUUCAGUUGAAGCCUAUCAAGAACUCCGAGGGCGCGGACUAGAAUAUGGCCCCCGCUUCCAAACAAUCGAGGAAAUAAGUAUCGCCGGAGACUCCGCAAUUGUUGAGCUCCGGUUCCGGCAUGAAGUAGCUGACUUUGAACGCAGCUUUAUCCUACACCCAUCAAUCCUUGACGGAUGCGUACAGGCUGCUGCUCUGGUUGUGCUUCAUCACAUGCCUAGCUGCGCAACAGCUCUGGUGCCUGUUGCGGCAUCAGAUAUCAGGGUGUGGGGCAGUACAGGCGUAUCCGGCAGCUCUUUCUGGGCAGGCAUACAUAUAGUUGGAGGCAGCACCCGCCCAAUUUCAGAAUCUGAGGGAGCCGUCGUUUCCAUUACGUUGUUGGAUGGCUGCGCUAAUUUAGUUGCACAGAUUGGCACCAUGCGCCUGCAGCCAGUAGUGGAAGACCAGGUUCUGCCGAAGGAACGGGACCUUGCUCGUGGCCUAUUGUGGAAAGUGAAGUGGGUUGAGGGCAAAACUGGGCAUAUGCUUCGAAAGCCUGCCAAGCAGGGGCGAGCGUUGCAAUGGCUGGCCUAUGGAGUAGAAACAGAGACUGCUUGUUCGAUGUUUCAAAGGGUGGACAUAUCUGAGAACAGGGGCGAGCGUUGCAAUGGCUGUGAUGCGGACGGCGUUAAACUGGAUGAGUGGGAUGCAGUUCUACACUUUGGCGGCGCAUGCCAGUGCUGGGACGGAGCAGUGGACUACACAGCAGACGUCUUGGCGCUUCUCCAGGGCAUUGCAAAUCAUCUGGGUGCCGCUGGAACCGAGCCGAUACCCCCAAUAGUCAUUGUAGUUGCAGGCGCUUUUGCUGUAAGGCCUGGGGAACAGGCGGCUCACCCACUUCUAGCAGGAGUUCGCGGUCUCUGCCGGACGGCCCGGCUUGAAAUGGAAGCCACUGCGAAUCGGCCUGUGCCUCUUUUACUGAUAGAUCUUGAAUCAACAGGUCAGCAGGCAGCCCACUUCACGACGGAGAUGAUUCACCAGGUCGCAUCAAUUUUGCAUGCUUAUCAUUCCACAGAACCCCGCCAAGGGUUCACAGCAGGUGGGCGGCAAUACGUCAUGACUGAAGUUGCUGUUCGCGGAGGCCGCAUGUUUACUCCACAACUUACGUUCAGUGAUAUUCGCCUUCUGCCGGCCGCGCGGGCAGGGGACAGAGUUGGGCAAGGCGAAACAUGUAUAAUAACAGGCGGGCUCGGUGGUUUGGGUCUCGUUGUAGCCCUUUGGCUUGCAGGCAACGGUGCGAAGACGGUUAUUUUGCUCUCUAGAACAGGAACACCCCCGAGGGAGGGAACAACUGCAGAGCUUUGGCAGCAACUCACCGAGAAGUGCAGGCGCACAGAAGUUAUCGUUCAGCAGUGCGAUGUUGCCCGUGUUUCUGAUAUCGAAGAGCUGUUUGCUCGCAUUGAAAGCGGAUAUCUGGUUUGCCACGUUACUGGUAAGCUGCAUUUCGUGAAACCUUUGACUGGCAUCUUCCACAGUGCAGGGGUGCUCGUGGACAAGCCACUGCUACAGCAAGACCGACGCUCCGUGGAGCUGGUGUUCAACCCAAAGGUAGAAGGAGCUUGGAACUUGCACAAGUGCCUUGGAGCGCGUGGAAUGGAAGAACAGCUAAAGUACUUCGUCAUGUUUUCUUCAUCUGUCGGACUACUGGGAAACGCUGGUCAGGCGAAUUAUGCCGCUGCUAACUGUUGCAUCGACGAAUUGGCGCUUUAUAGACGCUCACGUGGACUUACUGCCCACAGCAUUCAGUGGGGUCCAUGGGUAGAGCAAGGUAUGGCAGCUCAACUGCAGGGCCGCUUCGCAAAGGCAGGCUUUGGAGGCAUAUCGAAUGCUUUGGGUUUGCUUACCCUCAAUGCUACGUUGCAACAAAAUACGGAGACAGUUGUCGGGUGCCAGCCCGUGUACUGGGGUCGCUUUUUCCCGCGUUACAGGUUUGCCACUCCAAAAGUCUUUGAAGAGAUCGGAAUGCUAGAGACGACCGCUUCUAAGACACUGGCUGCCACGUCAAGCUAUCGUAGUGGACCUCGCGUAGAGGCCACGCAGCAAGCAAACGCAGGGAAACAAAAGGAUAAGCGUAAGCACAUUCAACAGGUUGUCAUGCAGGCUGCAAAGUCCGUCCUGAACGUAGCAUCGGGGGUAACGCUAGAGGCACCCCUACAAGAGCUUGGUAUUGACUCCUUAGGCGCGAUCGAAUUCCGUGAUGCAAUUCAAGCCGCACUAAAUGUCAGGCUGAGCGCAACGGUCUUGUUCGACCAUCCAACCGUUGACGCGCUGACCAAGUUUCUUUUGCAGGAAAUUAGCGAAGAAGAAACUACAGAGACC